AUGAACAGCCUUGAUUUCGAGUCAGAGGAAUCAUCGACGCCGCGCCAUGAGGCUUCCUGCUGGCGGCGUUUGCCGACGGCGUUGUUCCAUAUGCUAGUGGUCGAAUGCAUCCACAUCUACCUGGCAGUUUUUGCCUGGUUCAGACUUGUGACAAACGUCAAUUUGCGCACUGCCAUGGGUGCUCAUUUUCAAGUCCUGGAUCGCUUGGAAGGAUACUUCUACAACCUGUUCCUGUUCGGAUCGACUGCGGGAACAUCAGUUCAUCUGUCCAAUGUUACUGACACGUUCUUCCUCGGUCAAGAGCAGCGGACGCAGCCGAGCGUGUUCUACAACGGUUCCAUGCUCGAACUUCCGUCGACAAACAUUGAUGGUGCCAAUAUUCCAUGGAUCGUGCUGGUAUGGUUGCUGCCUUUGGGCGGUGCCCUUUUGGUACUUCUGCACCUGGUGCUGCUUGCUCGACGACGUGUUUGGAGCUUUGAUUGUGGAGCUUACCUGCAGUUCAGCUGGGACAUCGUGCGGACACCAGAGUAUAGGUGGUCAGUGGGCUUGAUGGCAUUGGCUGCGAUUUUGCUUCCGAUAAUCUGGAUAUUGCAAAUCCUGAUCUUUAAUUUGCCGGACCAACUUGAUGUGCUGCGGGGAAGCAUUCUGAGCGGUUUGCUUCUCCUCUUCGCCUUGGAUCAGCUCGCUUUCCCCAGCAUCCCCUGCCAUGACUGGGCAUCACCAUUUCAGGACUUGACUUUUCGUCGCCCAAUGUUGCAUUUGAUUCUGGGUACCAACAAAAGUUUCGGCCUGAAGCUGGUGGAUGCGCUUUGGGCAGCUGAGCUUGGAGAUCUCUCACGAUUGCGUCGGUACUUACCCGACCCAGACAAUGCUGAGGAGGUUUUGCGAAUCUGUCGAGAGGUGCAGCGUGCUGAGGCAGACAUGCUCGGCAGAUUUCGCCUUCAGGCUGGCAGCGAGUGA